CCAGCCGCGGCGUUUUGCCUUCAGGACCUGAUGCUCAUCCAUAUUAAACCGUCUGAGCUCAGGAAUCCGGCCAGAUCAUCCCCCCCCUCCUGCUGCAAAGUUUAUUUUUAACCAGCCACCGCCACAAUUUGGAUGGGGCUGCGAGGAAGCAACAUCUUCUAGCCCGGCUUCGCCCCCGUCUCCCGAGCCCGCAGCCGCUUUGCCUUUUUAACUUUUCCUGCGGGCUGAUUUUCCUGGCGGCGGGUCCGGCGGCGGCCCCUGCCCGCUGUUCCCGGACGGGAGGGCCGCAGCCGGGAAGUUGGGAUGAAGGCGCCCUUUCUCCGCAGCGUUCCUGAAAUAAACUUCCUGCAAUUCUUUGCAGUGUGCAGGUGUCCAGACUACCCUUUAUUCAUGGUCGCCUGUGCAGCCCGUCAGGCGACUGAAGGCUGUACCUAAAAUUCUGCCAGCAGUGCAGCGCACUGCAGUGGUCUUGAUAUCGUUACGGUGGACACCUUGUACAGCUACAGGCUGUAGCAUCCCCUCCUAGUCCGAACAACUGAGUGUUGCGUUCCAGGAGUCUACACGUGUGGAGGACUGCCUGGAAUAGAAAAAGGAAAGCUGCAGAGAUUGUAAGCUGCUGCUUGAUCCGUGUGGCUGUUGUGCCGAGGAGCAUCAAAACUUUGCUGGAUGGAUCCGACAGCUCGUUGCAGAGUAGAGGUGCUAGAGGGUGCUGCUGAAGAAGAGGCUGAAGAGCCAGACGCUACUGUACAUACUACACUAAGUGAGGAGACCAGCAACCAAGAAGAGAGCCACAGUCAAUCAGGGGAUAAAAAUGAAGAGAAGCAGCUGGAAAGCUUAAACAGCUACAAGGUAUCACCAAGUUCACCAAACAGUUUGGACGGAGCAGACUUGUCCUCCAUUGACGCCAUGAUGUCAGCAGUGAUGAAUGUGGGGAAGAUUGCUGAAAAUGGCGGGAACUCUCAAAAUGUCAAAUCCCCCUCGAAGUCUCCUGCACCAAAUCGGAUUGGCAGGAGGAACCAGGAAACAAAAGAAGAAAAGUCUUCCUAUACCUGUCCUCUGUGUGAAAAGAUUUGCACUACACAACACCAGCUAACUAUGCACAUUCGUCAGCAUAACACUGACACUGGAGGGACAGACCAUUCCUGCAGCAUCUGUGGAAAGUCUCUGAGCUCAGCGAGCUCCCUUGAUCGCCACAUGCUGGUGCACUCAGGUGAAAGGCCUUAUAAAUGUUCAGUAUGUGGACAGUCCUUCACCACCAAUGGAAACAUGCACAGGCACAUGAAGAUUCAUGAGAAGGAUCCGAACAGCACAGCAAGCACAACUCCCCCGUCGCCGCUGAAGCGCAGGCGAUUAUCUUCGAAACGGAAGUUUAGUCACGAUGCUGAGAUGGACAGAGAGGAGAGGACACCUGCAAAAAAGGUUGUCGAGGAUGGUCACUCUUGUGAAGGGGAUAAGAAGGCUGAAGAGGAAGUUUAUCAUUGUCCAGUGUGUUUCAAAGAUUUUUUUUGCAAGUAUGGGCUGGAGUCCCACAUGGAGACACAUCCAGAUAAUUCGCUGAGGUGUGACAUCUGUUGUAUUACCUUUCGUACUCAUCGGGGCUUACUGCGCCAUAAUGCAGUUAUCCACAAGCAGCUUCCCAGAGAUCCCAUGGGAAAGCCUUUCAUUCAGAACAACCCUUCGAUUCCGGCAGGCUUCCACGACUUGGGAUUCACGGACUUCUCCUGUAGGAAGUUCCCCCGCAUUUCUCAGGUCUGGUGUGAAACGAAUUUGCGAAGGUGCAUCAGUGACUUCCAUCGAUUUAUUUGCGAGACGUGUAACAAGGCAUUCCCCAUGCUUUCGGCGCUCAAACUGCACAAAGAAACUCACGUGGUGGAUCAGGGAAAAGACAAGCACAAGCCACAGUCCACGACCCCACCCAGUGAGAACCCAGACCAGAAAGCCUUCAUGGCAUCCUUGGGCCUACAGUACACCAAAGACAUCAAGCCUGUCAAGCAGGAGGACAAUACACAAGAUGAGGUCCAAGAAAUGCAGCUCAGAGCACUGAAGAGUAACCUACCUCAGGAACCCGGCAGCACUGGUCUGCUCAGCCUCUCUCCUCUGGACGCUGCCUCUAUGGGAGGGUCAUUUUCAGUCCUUCCCCCUACAAAAGAGAACAUAAAGCUCCUCUCGCUGCAGCCUUUCCAGAAGGGUUUUAUCAUCCAGCCUGACAGCAGUAUUGUGGUAAAACCCAUCUCCAAUGAAUCUGCCAUUGAGCUGGCAGACAUUCAGCAGAUCUUGAAGAUGGCUUCUUCCGCUCCUCCUCAAAUCAGUCUUCCUCCACUUUCUAAGGCACCUUCUGUCCCUGUGCAGUCCAUUUUCAAGCAUAUGCCGCCACUGAAGCCAAAGCCUUUGGUAACGCCCCGAACAGUUGUCGCAACCUCUACACCUCCUCCUCUUAUCAGUGCCCAGCAAGCCUCCCCUGGCUGCAUCAGCCCAAGCCUCCCACCUCCCCCUCUGAGGCUGAUCAAGAACUCGGUGGAGUCCUCCUCCAACUCUCACCUCCCCCAGCCAGGAGCCAAAUCGAGUCCUUCCUCGCAGUUGCUCCUCCAGCCCAAAGUAGAGCCUUUAACUCAGCACGAGAUGAAGACACAACUGGAGCAGGACAGCAUCAUCGAAGCUUUCCUGCCUCUGAGCAUGGAAGCCAAGAUCAAGCAAGAGGUGACAGAAGGGGACCUCAAAGCCAUCAUCGCAGGGGCAGCGAACAAGAAAGCCCCAACCAUGAGGAAAGUUUUAUACCCCUGCCGUUUCUGUGACCAAGUGUUUGCCUUCUCUGGUGUCCUGAGAGCUCACAUCCGUUCUCACUUGGGUAUUUCCCCAUACCAGUGCAACAUCUGUGACUACAUUGCAGCUGACAAGGCAGCGCUGAUCCGGCACCUGCGGACACACAGCGGGGAGAGGCCUUACAUCUGUAAAAUCUGCCACUACCCGUUCACAGUGAAAGCCAAUUGCGAGAGGCACCUGCGAAAGAAGCACCUCAAAGUGACCAGGAAGGAUAUAGAGAAGAACAUUGAAUAUGUCACCAGCAAUGCCGCAGAGAUGGUGGAUGCUUUCUGCUCCCCAGACACUGUGUGCAAACUGUGUGGCGAGGACCUGAAGCAUUACCGGGCCCUCCGCAUUCACAUGAGGACACACAGCGGCUGCCAGAAGAAGAAGCCAUUUGAGUGCAAGGAAUGUGGCACAGCCUUUUCGGCCAAGAGAAAUUGCAUUCACCAUAUCCUCAAGCAGCACUUGCAUGUGCAAGAAAGGGAGAUUGAGAAUUACAUCUUAGCGGUGGACUGCAGUGCCCAGGAAAGCCAGACGGACCCUACUUUAUUGGAAGACAGCACUUAUAUGGACCACAAGUCCAUGACGCCUUUCCUGGAGACACAAAAUGGCUUCUUGCUUGGGACAUCGUCUCACGUUCCCAUCAAACUUGAACCUACGGGCAACUUCCCGAUGGAUUUUGACGAGCCAUUGGAUUUCUCUCAGAAGAACAAAAACCUGAGUGCUGUGCAAGUGAAGCAGGAGAACCUAUUUGGUUCUUCUCCCCUGUCCCUCUACGACUGUUCCAUGGAGCCCAUCGACCUGUCCAUCCCCAAAGCCCUGAAGAAGGAUAAAGAUGAUAUCCCAUGUGAAGCCAGGAAUCAAGAGUUGGCUGCUUCUGGGAACAGUGAUAAAACCUAUAACUGUCUGCAGUGUCCUUUGGUUUUUGGUGCCAAUGGGAACUCAGAGAAAAACAGGGCUGUCAGACAUCCUCAGCCACUGAAAGGUUCGUUGCAUUUGACUGUCCCGAUCAUUUCCCCGGCUCUCCUUGGCAAUUCUGCCUUGCUGAGACCCUUGAGGCCUAAACCACCACCGCCACCUCUCUUGCCAAAGCCUCCAGUAACUAAAGAUCUGCCACCGUUGGCUUCCAUCGCACAGAUCAUUUCAUCUGUGUCUUCUGCUCCCGCUUUGCUCAAAACGGAGGCUGCAGACGCCAGUCCCAAGGCAGUGGGCAGCUCCACUGGGUGUGACAAAUCAGGGAACGCCAAAGCAAAAGUGACAAUCGUGACCGCUGUUCAGAGGGACUCCAGCCUGCCCAGUGACCUGACUCAGGCGUGUGAUCCGGAGCAGUCUCCCAUUGCCGAUGUUGGGUUGACUAAGAAAAGAGGUAGAAAGAAAGGAACGAAAAAUAAGCCUAAACUUAGCAGUGGUGUGGAUCUGGAGUCAAGUGGGGAGUUUGCCAGUAUAGAGAAGAUGCUGGCUACCACAGACACUAAUAAAUUUAGCCCGUUUCUGCAGUCCACUGACAAUUUCAAGGAAGAAAGCGGCAGAAAUGGAACAAGUGAGGAUGAGAAGGAAACUGCCGAAGAUAAGCUGCUGAGAGGGAAGAGGAACGCUCACUCAGACUGCCUGCAAAACAUCCCCUGUCCUUACUGUCCUCGAGUCUUUCCAUGGACAAAUUCCCUGCAGCGGCACAUGCUCACUCACACAGACAGCCAGUCUGAUGCGGAGACACUAGCUACAGGAAACGAAGUCUUGGACCUGACCUCCUGCGAGAAGGAACAGCCAGAGGAAAUAACAGAGCUACCAGAGAGUGCAUGCGGCCCAAAGGAGGAGCAAAAGGCUGACUCCCCUCUGGCAGAAGAGGAUGCCGAAGAAAAAGCGGAUGGAUAUGAAGAGGGCCCUGAGGAAGAUUCUGUAAGUAAUAAAAGUCUUGACCUCAAUUUUGCCAGCAAAUUAAUGGACUUCAAGCUGGCAGAGAGUGACCAGAGUGCAGGCAGCAGUUCUCAGACUGAAAGGAAACAUGCCUGUGACAUUUGUGGCAAAACCUUCAAGUUUGCUGGCACUCUUAGCCGUCACAAAAAGGCCCACACUCGUGAGGACAGAAAGGAUGAAAGGAGCAGUGAGGAUGAAAGCAAAAGCAUUCAGGAUGAUGCAGGAGCUCCCUCGAUGCAGGACUCUGGUCUUGAGCAGGAAGAGUCUCCGAUGGACUUGAAGGUAGUGGAGUCUCCUGUGGACUGUGAGGCAACAGGAAAGGAGAAUGAAGAGAGCGAAAGCAUCUCUGAGGGGGAAGGCACAGAGAGAAAGUCCACUGAGAAGAGCAGUGAUGACAAAAAACCAAAGACUGAUGGGGCUAAGAGUACUGCAAAAGCAGACAAAAGAAAGAAAGUCUGUACUGUGUGCAACAAGCGUUUCUGGUCUCUGCAAGAUUUGACGCGACAUAUGCGGUCUCAUACAGGUGAGAGACCGUACAAGUGUCAAACCUGUGAACGGACCUUCACUCUGAAACACAGCCUGGUUCGUCACCAGCGCAUACACCAGAAAGUCAAAAAUGCCCGAAACCACGGGAAGGAGAGCGACAAGGAGGAGACCCAGUCGAGGUGUGGAGAAGACAGCGAAAAUGAGUCAAGCCACAGUGGCACCAACCCCAUCUCUGAAAACGAGUGCGACUCUGCGGGGGGCAUCGGUAGCCAUCCAUCCCUCGUGGGAAGCCGAAAAGAGCCCCUGGCCGGCACGGCCAAGGAAUCCCCCUGCAGAGAGGAGAGGCCGAGCGGGCGAGGAGCCGGCACCUGCCUCGUGGAGCCCACCAAGAGUGCACAGAAACAGACAGCAAAAGACCAGGAACCUCGGGGUAGCUCCGAGCACGAGAGGCCCUCAGGUUUCAUUCAAGACUUGCUGGAGAUGCACAACAAAAAGUCUCCCAUGAAUCACAUCCUUGCCUCUGCAGACAGCGCGCCUCAGCUCUUGGGGGUUGAGUGACUUGCUAGGAGGUGGGACCCGUCCCAGCACGCAAACUGAAGCCAGCAGAGCAAGGUUUCUGGAGUCUUUGUUUUUUGGAAGAGCGACCUACAGCUAUGGGGAAGAGUAUGGCAGACUGGACGUGGUGCCAUAUGCCUUUCAGUAUAAUAAUGCAAGAGACUACAGUAUAUACUGAUUUGAGUGCCUUACUACUUUAUUAGAUCUUUUGGUAUCAUAGAUUUUUUUUUUUUUUCAAAAAUGAUUUUUUUUAAUAUUUUAAUGAAUUAUUUGGAGAGGACCUUUUUCAUUUAAGCAUUAAUGUUACCUUUUGUAUUGGUGUGCGUGAGCUUGUUCUUGUAUAUCUGUGAUAGUCGCUGUGUUUGUUCUCUGAGCUGGAAAUGGGGGCAGUGGGGUGGGAGGCCCUUGGAUACCACAGCCAAUAACUGGAAGAAAAAUUAUGUGAAUUUCAUAUGAAAUAGUCAGAGGAAAUGCAGAUGAGAUGUUGAUUUAUUGUUUUUUCUCAGUAGAUGUUCUUGCAUUUGCCACAUGGUGGAGCAUUAAGCCUGUUCCGGGCCUGAACAACGUGGCAGUUGAAGGUGUUCAAAGUGGUUCAAGCCAAAAGCAGGAAACAAGGAAUUUCAGCCUCACGCUUGUUUCCACUUUUCAGCAUUAGAAAUGGUCUUCUGAACCCUAGGGUUUUUUUCUGGCCAUCGUGGACUGAGCACGUACGCAGAGAAGAGUUACAUAGCAACGUAACCUAUGGAAAUUAUGCACCCGCUGUUAUAUAUGUUUGAUUUGCUUCAGUAUAUUAUUAUUAUUAUUUUAUUAUUAUUUUAUAAAUCCAUCAGUUCGCUUGUCUCUGCAGUCAGCAGAAACCAAUGGGCAAUAUUUGCCCACGCAGAUGCGUAACGCAGCUUGGAUUCCCCUCUCGAAACGUUUUUUUGACUUCUAACGCUUUCACCAGCUCCUCUUCUUAUGUUGCAGCUCUUCUACUGUACUUUAAAAUGAAACCCUUCCUCUGACCGGAGAGUCAAGUGGAGGCCAGCGAGGUAUCGUCACGCCUGUACAGGGCGACGUCUCACCGGUGGUGGGGUGCGAGUGCCUGCGAGUGGGUGCGAGUGCGUGCGUUGCGUGUGUGUUGGGGGGAGAAGCGUGCGAGAAGGGGGGCGGUGGAAGGCCCCUCCAGGCGCGUGAGAAAAGGCACUGCGAGUUACUAGAUUGAGUCGUGUUGCAAUCACAUCGGUGGCAGCGUGUGUUACUUUCUCAAAGAGCAAAGUUCUUCCGUCUUCCAGUUGAAAGCAAGCAGGAGAGAAAUGCGAGCCUUACCGUCAUCUUGCUACUGUCAUGUUCUAGAGCAAGAAAAUACUACUGGUAAUAAAACUACAGAUAUAAGACAUGUUAAAAAUAAAUAAAGUAAAUUAAAAAAAAAAAAAUAAAAUUCUUCCUGAGAUUUUGGGGUUGAUGCUUGAAGACUUGAGGUGUGUGUCUAAAUUUCAUAUCAAUAAUUUAACCCCUUUAAUGCUGGCAGCUGGAAUUUCUCCCUAUGGCUCCUGUUGCCGGCAACAGGCGACACUCCAGCCACCACUAUUGAAGGGGUUAAGCGAAAUGUAUCCUACUGUAGCUGCGCAUUUUUAGGAGUGCCCAGCGUUUUUUUUUUUUUGUUGUUGUUGUUGUCCUUGUUGUCGUCGUUAUUGUUUGUUUGUUAAUUGUCCUUCAGUCAUGACCUCUGGGACAGACAGAGCCAUAAUAGCAUUGCCGGAGCCUCACUGUGCUAUUCCACCACUGCAGCCCCCCCAGCCCAGACCACCCCGCACUGUGACCCCCCCCUCCCCCCUUCCCUCUCUCCCUCUUUAUCCACCCCACCCCUACCCCCCCGCAAAAUCGCUUUUCCUGCUCUCACCAGACAUGGAGGAAGUGGGCCUCGGACCCCGACUAUAUUAUAUAAUAUAUAUAUAUCUAUAUAUAUCUAUAUCUAUAUUAAAAAUUCUCCGAAAAUUUCUGGAGACUGAAAUCUCACUGUCCAGAAUUCAAAGGAAGAGAAAACGUUCUCGAGUAAUAUUCUUGCGAAUAGAAUAAGAAAAAAAAAUGGUUGAGGUAUAUGUGAUUUCUAUUUUUUUUUAUCUUUUUUUUUUUUUUUUUGAAAUAGGGAUGUUUGAACCAGUUCAGAAACGAAGCUAACGCCAGAUAUAGAUAAAUCAGUCACAACCAAUGAUUCAUUUGAAACUCUACCCAGGUGCAUUCUACUUAAUUAAAACCAGUUCACGCAUCCCUUAAAUUGUUAUUACUAUUAUAAUUAUAAUAAUUAUUAUUAUUAUUAUUUUGGGUAUUUUUUGGUUUUUGUCGUUUUGUUUAUUUUUUGGUUUGGUUUUGGUUUUGUUGUUUUUUGUUUUUGUUUUUGUUUUUUUUUGCAACUCUCCACACUAAACUGCGCAAUACUGUGGGGGAGAAGCCAUUACUAAACUAUAUGCUGCAGAACAAUGUAGCAAGUAAUUAAUUCCCAGCAGCCUGCCGGGACAUCUGCUAGCAAUAAUCACUAUUGAUUUAAAGCUUUAUUUAGCCUUUAUCUAUAUCCUAGUAGAGUAUAAGAUCUUGCCACAUUUUAUUGACAUUUUUAUUAGUUGAGUUUGACUGAGAACCGUUGCUGUUGUUGGGUUUUUUUGUUUCCCCUCCUCCCCCAAUAUUAAACUGUGAAAUUUAUAAUGUGUUUAAACUAUGGGUGAAUCUUAGGCUUUAGUUUGCAUGUUCAGCUAAUUUGUCUCUAUACGAUUUUUUUGUUUGAAUCUUUUUAUUUUUUUUUUUUCCUCUCUCAGGGCUUUUACAAAAAACAAAAAACAAACAAAAAAAAAAAGGAUCUUCUGAAAUUCUUUUGACUGAGUUGCAAUGGACUUAACAUUGAGAUAAUUCAAUCACUACAUUAAGCACUUGACUGUGAAAGCGCAAAAAAAUAAAAAUAAACAAAGGAAAAAGAAAAAGAGAGAACCUUGUUU